AUGACGACAGGUGAAGGAACCAAGCUCGAGCCCGACCAUUCGGCCCCAGACGGUGCUGUCUCCAAUGGCAUCAAUGGCGGCAAUGGUACAGUCGAUGUGCAGUCCGAACCACCUGCGAGCCCCAAGAAGAGGAACAGGACUAGCAGUCAAGACAUUGAGGAUGCGGAUACUUCUGUGAAGCGAGUCAAGGGUGUCGCACCCAUCAAGGCAGAAUUCCUGAUACGACUGGAUAACAACAAGGCCGCCACCAAGGACAGAGUCAUUGACGACGAUGCAGCUGAGGGCGCCGAUGCUGAGCACAAAUCUGAAGGCCUACCAAAGACUGAUGCUCGCGAUGGCCCCAGAAAGGGCAAGAACAACAAGAAAGACAAAAAGCAAAAGGGCCAAAACACCAGCCGCACUUUCGGCAGCUCGCGCGACAAGAUACCGCUCUGUGGUACUCGCGCAGCCUACAAUGAAUUCUCACCCAAGGAGUGUCCGUUUGGCGAGAAGUGCAAGUUCGAACACGAUAUCCGCAAGUACCUGAAGGAAGGCCGACGAGAAGAUCUUACUACCUUCGAUGGCCAAUGUCCAGUCUAUGCCGUCAAGGGAUUCUGCCACUUCGGCUGGAAGUGUCGAUUCGUCGGUAGCCAUUCCGAAGAGCGCACCCUAGAAGACGGCCGGAAAGAAUUAGUCCUGAAAGAAGAUGCUGACCGGAAAUCCAAGUUCUCCAGCUUCGACGAAGAAGCAGAGGCUGAAGUGGUCAACAUCGUGCCAAAGGAUAUCAAGAUUGGUUUAUCGAGACGGAAGAUUGGGACCCCGCGCUCUGACCAGUACCUGCAAUGGAUUGAGACCAAUGCUCGCAACGAAAGAGAAAUGUUCGAUGCAGCUCAGAUGGACAUGGACGCUCUCAAGGAGGAGAAGGAGGCGCGCAGAGCGGAGUUUGUGGAGGCGCCCUUCAGGCCAUCUGAGAAGCGUAGGCUCUACUACGGACCCGAGACACCAAUGCUCGCACCCCUCACCACUCAAGGCAACAUGCCGUACCGCCGACUCUGCGUGGAUUUUGGCUGCCAAGUGACUUGGAGCGAGAUGGCCAUGGGUAUGCCAUUGAUCCAAGGUGACAAGGGCGAAUGGCCGCUUCUCAAAGCCCACGAAUCUGAGGUAACUCCUCCAAAGUUCUUGGGCAAGAACACUAUUGUCCAGGGCUACGACAACUCGACUGAUCUCAAGUUCGGCGCACAAAUCGCGGCGAACAAGCCAUGGCUGGCCACAAAGACGGUUGAAGUACUGACUGAGUACUGCCCGAAGCUGCGCGCUAUCGAUCUCAACUGCGGAUGCCCCAUCAACCUCGUCUGUGAGAAGGGAAGCGGUUCCGCACUACUCGAUAGCGAAGCAAAACUGGAGAGUAUCCUCCGUGGAAUGACCUAUGUAUCCAAGGAGGUCCCCAUCACCGUCAAGAUCCGCAUGGGUACCAAGGACAACCACCCGACUGCGCAAAAACUCAUCAAGCGUCUCGUACUUGGCGGCCACGAAGCCGUAGAGUCCGGAAAGGGUCUCUCGGGUAUCGCAGCCAUUACCCUCCACGGCAGGAGUAAGCAGCAGCGAUACUCCCGAAGCGCAGACUGGUCCUACAUCGCCGAAUGCUCCGCCCUCAUUAAUCGACUCCGCAAAGAACAAGCGGCCAAGACGGAUACCGCCGCCGAGGCUGAUCCCCGUGAUCUCGCAAACGGCGGCCAUGUCUACUUUGUCGGCAACGGCGACUGCUACUCGCACGAGGACUACUACAACCAUCUUGAAAACGCCAAGGUUGAUACCGUCAUGGUCGGUCGUGGUGCCCUUAUCAAACCCUGGCUCUUCGAAGAGAUUGAAAAGGGCCAGUACCUUGACAAGUCUGCAUCGGAGCGCCUUUCCUAUAUCGAGAAGUUUACCAAGUACGGUCUGCAGACUUGGGGUUCUGAUGAGAUGGGCAUCGGCACGACUCGUCGUUUCCUCCUCGAAUGGCUGAGCUUUGCGCAUCGCUAUGUGCCAGUUGGUCUAUUGGAACACUUGCCCCCGAACAUCCAGGAUCGCCCGCCGAGGUUCAGGGGUAGGAAUGACCUGGAGACGUUGAUGGCUAGCGAGCACUACACGGACUGGAUCAAGCUCAGUGAGAUGUUCUUGGGUCCUGCUCACCCUAACUUCAAAUUUGAGCCCAAACACAAGUCCAAUGCUUACGAGAUUGAGGCGGAGGGUUAG